AUGCCUGCACCUACAGUUGAACCCCUCACACCACCAGCCGGGUCCGACAUCGACUUUGGCGCAGUCGUCACCAACGCUGACCUGGAGAACUUGACAGACGACGUUUUUGCAACAAUAAGCGAUGCCCUACAUAAACAUCUCGUCGUAGUCGUUAAAGACCAACAGCACCUCACCCCGAAAGCCCAGUACGAACUCACCCAGCGCUUCGACCCCUCCGCCUCGCAAUACGGGCACGGCAAGACCCUCGACGCCAAACGCAGCAUCCUGCACCCAGACCUUAAAACCGUGCCUCACCAGCCGCAAGUCCAGGUCAUCGGCCACGGCUUCGUCGACUCCUACGAGGGCCUCAACAACAUCCAGCUCAAACACCCCCACCACCGCACCUUCCACCGCGAUCCUAUCCCAGACGAAGAUGACUACGACUUCACCCGCUUUUACCGCUGGCAUAUUGACGCCGCGCUGUACGACCUUUAUCCACCACACGUCACGACUCUGCUGGCUGUGCGCGUUCCCAAAGGACGCCGCCAGACACUCCGGUACGAUGACGGAUCCAUCGAAACACUCAAUGUCCCGCUCGGCACAACGGCCUUCGUCAGCGGCGAGCGCAUGUUCAAUCUCCUCUCCGACGAAAAUAAGGAGUUCGCACUGGGCAGUCGCAUCGAGUACGCACCUCAUCCAUACAUCUGGAUGUCCCCCGCGCGCUCCCACCCCACAGGACUAGGCCUAUAUACCGAAACGCUCGAACUCCCCCCCUCCUCCCUGCCACCCAUCGACGAAUCCAAAAUCCAGAUCCUGCCUAUGGUCUGGAAGAACCCCGUAACGGGCAACCCGGCACUGCAGAUCCAUCCGGCAGCUGUGCGCAAGAUCCAUAUGGCCGACGGGACGGUCAUUGAUGAUCUCAAACGCGUCAGGGAUAUCGUGUAUAGAUUGCAGAGACCGGCGAUUAGUCCGAGGUUUGUGUACCCGCAUGACUGGGAAGAGGGGGAUCUGGUGCUUUUCCAUAACCGGGGGGUGCUGCAUUCUGUUGUUGGGGCGUUUGGGGAGGGCGAGGUGAGGUUGUUUAGGCAGUGUAAUCUUGCGGCGGGGGAGGCGCCGGUGGGGAUGUUAACCAAGGGAUAA